CAGGGCGUAUCCGCUCUCUGAGAAUCAGGAAACACGUUGAUAUUCGCUGCAACUUUCCGCUUUAUUUUGAUCAGUGUAAUCGCUCCGUAGUGCUGACCGUCAGCUGCUGCCUACAACAUCGACACCGACACCAGCCUGCUGGAUAUCAGCCCAGCAAUGAGCAACACGACCCCUUCUAACGUUUCUCAUCCUCCAGCUGGUGACAAUGGAAAGAGCGGCGGGACCAAUCCGUACUACAUCGCCUUUGUGCUGGUGCCUAUUCUCUUCCUUCUGGGCCUGCUCGGUGUGGUGAUCUGUCAUGUGUUGAAAAGGAAGGGCUACCGGUGCACCACAGACCAUGAUGACGAGGAGGAGUGUAAGGAAGAGGUCAAAGAUCCCGAGUUGGGCGGAGAGCUCAAUGACACCUUCAGUGACAACAAUGACACGGUUGGACAGAUUGUCCACUACAUCAUGAAAAAUCAAGCAAACUCUGAUGCCCUAAAUGCCAUGAUUCAUGAAAACAGCAUUGAUUCGGAUGGUCCUCCGCUCACACCCACCUCCCCCGGCACUCCCACUCCUCCAAUGACACCUGUAUCGCCGGGGGCGCCCCCGGGAGCAGCCAAGCACACCUGUAACCACCUGCACACCAUCGGGGGCCUGGGAGGCAACAAGAACAUCUGCACCCGCUGCAACCAGAAGAAAUGGCCGCUAAUGAGGAAGCCGUCGGCCCGCAAAGCAGAGCUGCGGCACAGUCACUGUGUGGAGGUCACAGUCCUGGCUGUAGGCAGGUUCCGCGUGACAAAGUGUGAAAAACCAACCAGGGAGCGGCGAACUCUGCUGAUAUUAGAUUCUAACGGGAGCGUCCCCGCAUCACCCACAGCGGUGGAGCCGAAGAGUCGACCAACAUUUAAGUUCCCUCAGGAGCAGACAGACAGCGUGGACCAGGGGAAACGAUAGAAAACCAGCUAUUAAAAAAGCAGAAGAGGAGCAACAUCUGGACACUUUUUAAACCCAAAUAAGAACUUUCAACAUCAGUGCAGGAGGGACAGAUGGAUCCGGGAAUCGUCCCCCUGUCCUGUCGCUCCACAGGGAGUGAUGCGCUGCUGCUGCUGCUGAUGGUGGUGAUGAUUUUACAAGUAGAGAUGGCUCAGGUGUGUCUACUUGAAAUGGUAGCUGGACAGCAGUGCCUUGCCCAGUAGUGUCAAAAAGUAAACGGGGAAAAAAAAAAAGCCGGGCAACUGCUUGAUGUAACGAUGGAGGCUCGACCAGCGCUGUCCCUCCCAAAAACUACAGUCGUACUCCUCAAAAAGCAACUGGUCUGUGAUGUUUGUGCAUUACAGGUUAACAAGGAGGUUUUAAACACGUCAUCACUUGGUUUAUUUGUAGAACUAAAUCCCAGGAACAGGUAGAGCCAGUCUGUGAACCAGUUCAGGUCAUCAUUUACCAAAUAGGAAGGAGUAUAUCGUGGCCAGACGCUAACUGGGAACAUUAGCAGGCGUGACCAAAGUAAGGUUCUCACAUCCUGUAAUCAUAUGAACAGGAUGAUAAACUGUCCUCACAGUGCAUGUCAACCUGAUUGUCCUUUUUAAUAAGAACUCCGGGUCAAAGAGCAAAUCGGUUCAAAUAUUCAGACACGAGCCAGUCGCUGGAUGUUUUCUGUUAGUCUGUUAUUUCUGUUCUUUUUUGUCCUGUGCAGUAUCCUGCUAAUACAUUCAACUUAGAAGAUAUUAGCAUACAUUUGGAGUCCUAAUUCUGACUAUCUAGCCUCCUUUUAGCUCUGUUUUUGGUCUCCACCACCGUGACAGAGAAUUAAAUUGAAAAAGCAAAACCUAAAAGACAAACUGAAAGCAGCUGAUACACAUACUGCACUGGUCCCACUCUAGAUUUGUUUUGUUUUUGCUAUAAUGUAUCCUUAAUAACAAAAAUACAGUUUGUAUCAGUGUUGUGUUAUAUUAGCGUAGAGAACACGUCUGAAACACAUUCUGAGUUAAAACCUUUUGUAAACACAUUUAAGUAAAAAGGGCGACGCUGUGAUGUAGUGAGCCUCAAUAUGAACCGUUGAUUUUUUUUGAGGCUGUUUGUUUCCUUAUCGACUUCGUUCUGCCUUGACUUAAUUUAUCAAAGCCUUUUUUUUUUUUUUUAAAUUUAGCCUGGAUUUAUCGUAUUUUAGCUUGAGCUGCCUUUAUUAUAUUCCAUCCUGAGAGCAGAUACUGCACAAAUGGUUUAAUCCAUUGUGGAUUAUGUUAUCAACGGGCCCACCAGGAUGUAAGCCUUAUUUUCUCUUUCUAAUGAGAUGUGCCUUUCGUUUCUAAACGUGCUUGUGCUCGCACAGGUGCGUCAAGGCAAAGGUCAGAUGGUAGGUGCUGUGAUUCAUUCUGUUUUUUGUAUCAAGAAUCGUUUACUGUGCAGAGCAGUGUACUGAGUGAGUUACAUCUUUAAGGAAAUGGUCUUAUUGUGAAUGUAACCUCUUAAAGUGAGUACGUGUGGAUAGACUAGUGCCAUGGGCUGAUGCAAGAUGAGGUGUGUACUCAUUUUUACUCUUUAUCCUAUCACUUUUGUGGCCAUGCUAACUUUGCUCUUAACCUCUAAGGAAGUGGGCAAAAAGCCUAUAAACACAGUGGAUCAUGUUGCUUGUGGCCAUAAUUUCGGCAGGUUUGCUCUGUGGUCACCAAACCAAAGACAUCUCUGGGAACAUUGCACUAACGUAGAUCAGCGUAAAUAUGAUGUUAUGUCAGAGUUUCAUGUUAUGUCAUCAAAUACAAUAUUUUAAAAAUGUAAAUGUAACGCUUUUCCAUCGUGAUUCUGUAAUGGUGAUCCUGGUCAUGUACCAAUCAGAUGGUCGGCGGUUCUAUCCCCGGCUCUUCUGGUCUGGAUGUAAAAGUAUCCUUGGACAGGAUGCUGAACCCCGAGUUCCCCUUAAAUAAGGUUAAAAGCACUUAAGCAUAGAAAAAAGUGCUUACAUGAAGGUUAAGCGGUGUCACAGGAAGUGCUCGCUACAACAGUUGGUCAUGAGCAGCCGUUUCAGGCUCCUGUUGUAGAGGUAACACUGUUGUAUGUUUUUACUAACUUAUCUAAUGUGAGUCAGCGGUUUCCUGUGCUCUCAUUGGUAGUCGCUUCUCUCGCUAAUGUCCAGGCGGAGAAAAGUUUAACUCAGGACCCGCCAACUUUUCAAUGUGACUCUCAUCUCUACGUCACUUUUAGUCACUUCCUGUGUGGACGCCCCUUAAAGAAAGAUGUUAUUAAGACGUUUUUCCCUGUGGUUAAAACUGUUGUAUUGAUUGGCUGAUUUUUAGCACCUGAUGUAGUCCUAUAGCAACAAUGUUUGUAUCAGAGAUGUUUCAGUUAUAGUCUGGAUUUUUUUUCGUCUUUUCUAAAUCGUAUUGCAGAUGAUGCAGGUGUCAGUGACUUAGUAUUUACAACAAUCUCAGCAGCAUCUGCAGCUCAUGUUGCAGGACAGCGUGAUAGUAGAGUAGAGGCUCAGAGACGAGCGAUCGCUCCAGUUGAGUUGUGUGCAGACUGGAAGCAAUUAGCAGCGACCAAAAACUGUAGAAAGUGAAUGCUACUUGGCAACUUCAGGAGAUUACACGCAAAAGAUCCAGGUGAGCAACUGAAACAACUACCAACGAGAAUAAAGAAUACCUAUGACUGACAUACUUCCUGGUAGCAAAGACAUUAGGGGGUUACCUGGGUAACCAUAUCCUGAAAUUACUGCUUGUGACCAAUGAUCAGCUUCAAAGUGAUGAGCCGGUUGCGUCCUUUGUGGACGCAGUUUAAGCUUUUUGCUAGUUUCAGAAUUUACUGCUGGAUUGGCCCGUGAACUAACACUUAUUUUUUACUUCAAAAAUAUGCAUCUGCCCCAAAACUCCAGUAUUGGUCUCACCCAAGUCAAAGGUUUCCCACCUAGUCAGCAUCACUGACUGCACCCAAAGUUUAAUCAUACUUCCCUACAACCCGGGGAGAAGCUGAACUACUGAAGGAUGUGUUAAGUUAUUCUUUUU